GGCUUUAUCGCCGAAUUCUAAAACUUUCUGAAAUUGCUCGUUAUUAGCACUAAUGCUCAACAUGAAAACAAACCACGGAGCCAUUGGGAGAAAAAAUAUCUCAUGAAUAUUCAUGAGUCGGUGGGCGGGUUCCUGCCACUGGCGGUAAUACGAACGUAGACCAAAGUUGCCUCUGGAAUUGCCUGAAACUGGAUAGGGUUAGCAGCAGUGGCCGGCACAUUGGAGGAUAUUAACUUAUUAACAAAGUUGUUAAAAAGUUUCGGCCUUGGUUUUCUUAAAACUUCUCUCGUUAUGUCGGCUGCUUCGGCGUUCAUGAAGUCUGAAAAAGUGUUUGAUAAUUUCGCUAUUGGAAUUCAGGCCUCGGGCGGCACCGACGAUUUUCUGCAAACUCCUAGCAAAAUUCUUGAACAAGUUCAAAGAUCAACGGGAUACAAUCAACAUUCUAUUGACGACAUACUGGGUAAGAGACGACACGAAGAUCUAGCAAAGGACUCUCCCGACUGUUGUGAUUCGAAAACGACGAUGAACGGCGAGAUAUCGAGUUUGAAAAGCGAACUGUCCCCGGAAAACCUCGACGACUCUCACGGCGACGUCAGCGACACUGAACACAGCCUGGACGAGGCCAACACGUCACAGGACAACGGCGAUGACAGCGCCGAACAGAAGCGGAAGAAGCGGCGGAACCGCACGACGUUCACGAGCUACCAACUGGAGGAGAUGGAGCGGGUCUUCCAGAAGACGCACUACCCGGAUGUAUAUGCGCGAGAGCAGCUCGCGCUCAGGUGCAGUCUCACAGAGGCCAGGGUGCAGGUUUGGUUUCAAAACCGCCGAGCGAAAUGGCGGAAGAGAGAACGGUUUGGUCAGUUGCAGACGAUGAGGGCGAUGGCCACUGCGGCCACACACGGCUACGACAUGCCGCUCCCCGCCCGUCACGACGGAUAUUCUCAGUUUCAACCCAAUCCGUGGGCACCAAACGGAUCUUCCCAGUACCAGAUGACUACAAUGGCACAGAUGGGUAACUCGUGCAUGAUGGGAAACAACCAGAAUAACCUCCCUUCCUUCAUGGGGUUGGCUCAUCAAAACAUGAUUGCGGCGUCUCACCAAAACGCCAUGAUUGCGUCACACCCAAACGCAAUGACGUCACACCCGAAUGCAAUGGCGUCACACCAGUCUCCACCACCGCCACCACUUUCCUACAACCACGCUCAGACGACCCUGGACCCUCCAAUAGAUACAGAGCGUCGAAGUUCCAGCAUCGCGGCCCUGCGCCUCAAAGCAAGGGAACACAGCGUUGCCAUGGGGAUACUGAGUGCGUAUGGAAAAUAAGAACGAAACACAAAGCUGUUUCAACUCAUCUAUCAACAUUUAUGGAUUCAAAAUAUCGGCAAAAAUUCGUGCUAACGAAGAACCCUUCUCUUGGUUUCAAGAAUCAGUCGUGUAGAAUAUAUUAUCAUAUUCUAAAAUAUCGUUUUUUCUCGAAUGUUUCUCCGGGAAUUAAGCACGUCCAAUCAUUGACAAGAUUCGUUUGCAUGGAUAUGUUUUGAAAGAAACCCUACAAAACAAAAAACAAUUUCGUUGUAUAUAGUAAUUGCAAAUUAAUGAUUACCACAAGAUGAUCAGACGGCAAUUUGGUUGUAAUGAAACGUCUGCAAUGAUGGUGGAAAGUCAGACAACCACAUGAUAUGUGUUUACACCUACCGACGGACCAAUCACACAUGUCCUGGGUAAACGUCCCAAGUUCUUAGACAAACCCAAGUCUGGCGUUGGUUUAACAAGACUAAUUGUGUAUGAAGAAGGCACAUGACAGCUGAUCCUCGUGUUGACAACAAAAAAGCUCAAACCGACUUCUGCCAAAUCGUGGAUCCUCCACCCAUCCCAGUCUGUAAUUAUACCGCACGUGCCUCGUCUCAUUAGCUCUGAUUAGUGCACGUCUGUAAGAGAACAGCCAAUCGGCUGUAUCCGUUACGGAUUUAAAUAACAGACUGCUUGUUACGGAAUGGCUGGAAUUGACUUACGUAUUAAAAUUAUCGGUGUGUGUUGGACUGCAAUUAUCCAGGCCCUUUGACCACGGUGUGCUGUUUUUAAUGACAAUUAAAAUGUAUGUUCGGAGGAAAUGUGCACAAUUAGUACAUGGCCUCGACUUUCACUGCAUCUGUAAAACAAGAAGAACGGACAUACGCACCACGCGGGCUAGUUAUAGCAGAGGCAACGAUUCUGUACGGCUGGUCAAGAGAAGCAUGCGGUGUGCUUGCCGUUCAUUAACGGAAGAUAUCGGUACGGCAGAAGUCCAAGCCAGAGUUAACGAUGAUUGACAGGAGAUCCAGAGGCCACUUAGAACAGACGAUAACAAUCGCCGGAUGAAGUAAGCAACCAAAUCGAUGUCGUAAGCAACGGAAUCUAUGACGGAAGGGGACACCUUGUGUAAUUUAAAUGUCUUUGAUGGUAACUUCCGUCCAAUAAUUGAAUUCGUGCUUUAUGUUAUAACAUGGAUGUACAUGUAGAAAAACGUUUGUUUGUUUCUCUGUUAUUUGUGUCCAAAUAAAUAUUUGUUCAUAAUU